AUGCUGAACGCCAAUUCGGAGACCGAAUUCCAGAUCAUGUGCUCUGUCACCGAUACGAUUGUCGAUCAACAACUUACCGGGAAGUAUCAAGUUUUCGUCUCUUUGUUGAUUGAUGAUAUUCCAAGAGCCAGCUUAACUAAUGACGAUGGCACCGUUCUCAAGAUAGCAAACGAAGCCAAUCCUGAGUUAGUCACUGUGCAAGUAGUUGUGCUAGAAGUAAUAUCAGAGUACAAGGGCAAGGAAUACAUCAAUUUAGACGUGUACCCAAAAAUAGUGGAUUUGAAUUCGUAUCAAUACAAACUCGGCGAUGGCAUGUGUGUGGAAGAAACUGUUAAUUUUAAAAACAAAGGAAAACUCCCAGUAACCGUGUCAUGGAUACGUCCGGAUGAACACAGUUGCGUUGACAAUAACUUGGCCCCUGAAUCUUUGGUGGUCGACGAUCGAGCUAUAGUUCGUGUGCUAAUUGAUCCCAGAGGAUCGGGUCGCCUCCGACAUAUAUUGAGGUUCAGAGCUACAAACAUUGACGGGUCUAGUGACGUGGUGGUCUAUGUCCGAGGACUUGUUGAACAGCCACAAGUCAUCGUCCGACCAACAACUCUACCACGUUUGGGGAUUCUUUGCGCUGGCACGUUGGCAACUUAUAGGACAGAAUUUACUUCGGGGAUGAAUAAUUUCGAGUUAAUAACAAAAAGGCUGUAUCGUUUUAAUGGCAACGACGAAGAAACGUGGCAGCCGCACAGUGAACAAUCAUUUGGGUCGUGCACCGAAGGAAUAGGCGUGAAGAAUAUGAUUUAUAUGUCAAUAAAUUAUGAAACAGUAGUCAACACCCAAACAAAUGGAAUUUCGUGUGAACUGACCGAAUGGACGUUCGCCGAAUGCCACAACGUCUACAACCAAACCGUUGCGGUAGUCAAACCUCCGGACGUGCAAUUCAAUCAACGAAUAGUGUCUUUCCACCGACCCCUAUACAAGGGCGUAACCCACCGCCACAAAGGUAUUUGUCUGUUCAAUAAUACACGUUGCGGUCUGACGUACUGCUGGGGCAAUCCCCUGGAGACGGUGGCUAAUAACGUGCACUGUUGGCUGGAACCCGCUAAUGGGGUAGUUGACGGUGACUCGUCCGUUGAAUUCGAGCUGGUCGUCAUCCCCAAGACCGCCGGUUUGCAUAACAAAUUUUCCGUUCCGUGUUUCAUACAAAACGCCGCCGUACCCGAACAAAUAACCGUCGAAUUCACGGCCAAAGGUUUUGGAGCCCAAGUGUCUUACGUAGAUUCCACACAAGUCUACAGGAAAAUACAAUGGCCGCACGAUGAAGAACAGUGGAGUGACGUAAACAGAGAAGAUGAACCUUGCGAUUAUGAAAACAUAGAAGCAGAAGAUUUCUUCUCAUUAGACGACACCGUUUUGAGGAUGCCACCUAACCAGAGUUUUAAAUUUGAACUUUUUGAGGAAAACGAGUUCGAGUAA